GGAGGAUAAGGACAGGCCAGGAGGAUAAGGACAGGCCAGGAGGAUAAGGCGAGGCUAGGAGGAGGAGGAGGAGGAGGAGGAGGGCAGGCAGGUGGCGGCAGCCAUGUCGUGCUCCAGGGGCUUCCCCAGCCCCUACUACUUGUUUGCCCGUGACCAGCUGCCCAAGCUGCAGCAGUGCGGGCUGCCCGUGGCAUGUGUGGCCGACGCCAUCCCACAUUGCGCCAAGGACUGGGCGUUGCUGACAGAAGAGGAAAAAAUGGCAUAUAAUGAGAGGGCUCAAAAGUGGAAGAAAAAGAAAUCACAGAAGACAAAAAAGGAGAUGCCUAAUCUGGAUCAACCAGCACCUAGCUGUCUGACCACUGUGGUACACAGAGUUACUUCUUUUCCUGAUGCCUCUGCUGUGUCAUGGAAGAGUGAUCAGGCUGUGGUUGCAGACAUCUUCUAUUUCCUGAACAUUUACAGUCAUGGCAAGCUGCCAUCCCACUGUGACCAGCGCUUCCUUCCUUGUGAGAUUGGGUGUGUCAAGUACUCCCUGCAGGACGGCAUAAUGGCUGACUUCCAUCACUUCAUAGAUCCAGAAGUACCACCACGUGGUUUUCGGUACCACUGCCAGACUGCUAGUGAUGCCACUCAUAAGAUCCCUAUAUCUGGAUUUCAUCUUUCACGUACCUGUUACCCAGUUGUCUUACGUGAACUUCUCGAGUUUGCCCAGCCAGACGGAGGUGGUUGGCCUCGCUUUUUCUGCAGGGCUGAUGACAGAUUCCGAGUAACCUGGUGUCUUGAACGAAUGGCUAGUGUAGCAGGCAUUGAGAGCCAUCUGGAGCUUCUUACUGUGGAAGACCUGGUAAUAAAACUGUACCAGAAGAAAUAUCAAAAAGAGCCAUCCAAGACUUGGGUGUGUAGAGAGCUAGAUGCUGUCUUGUGGGAUUUUUCCAGUAAUACCAGGUGCAAGUGGCAUGAAGAAAAUGGUAUACUUUUCUGUGCUUUGGCAUCUUGUAAGAAAAUUGCUUAUUGCAUCAGUAAAUCUUUGGCUGGUGUGUAUGGAGUCCCACUGACAGCCACUCACCUACCUCUUCAAGACUGCGAUUCCAGUGGAAAUAGAAAUAUCAAUAGGGUAAUACUGGAUGCUGGACGUUUUCAGAAAAUGAAGGCUGAGAGUUCUCGGUAUGACAGAUACGCUACUUCUCCAAGUCAGGAUCAAGAACAUGUCCCUUCUAGUUGUGAUUCUCCAUGUGACGUGAAGACUUCUUUUUAUGGAGCAAGUACCACCCGAGGAAGAGGGGUUACUCGAUUGCUGGAACACACAUCUGAUCUAUACAAGUCCUUCAACAAUUGAAAAUCUUCUUUACUGUCCAGGACAGCUGCACAUUGUUUCUUUCUCGUUUCCCUAACACAACCAGCAGUUUCUCCAGACUGCAGUUAGUCAUCUUAUGUGCAACCUUUGAUGGUUCAUGUUCUUGUUAGAAUGAUAAAGCUGUUAUUGAAUGUAUUUUGAAAAGAUCUUGUUUAUUAUAUACAGCAAGACAUUCUGAACGAACCUGGCAGUUUCAUGCUCUAAAAAUAAAUACCAUGCUAGUUGUGUUUCUUAAUGGAUGGAGUGCAAAUUCAAGAUUAAAUACACAAUGUCAUUGGAUUAGAAGAACUCUGUAGUGGCAAGUGUGACUUGCUUUAUUUCUUCUUUAAUAACCUCCAUCCCCUCUUCUGUAUGUGGAAGAUAAAGUUUCAGUGUAUAACAGUCCCUCUUCAAAAUAUGGUGGAGGGGAGCAAUGGGGGUAUGACAGGAUGCUCUAAGGGAAUUAAGUGUAAUGUUCUCAAAGGAUUGUUCUUCAUCUCUCUUCCACCCAUUAAGAAUUUGAGUCAUCAUUCAUAGAAAAUCUGCUGUUUUUUACUUUAAUUUGAAGUGUCUUGAAAAGUAUGGUGGCAAUUCUAUUGAUCUGAUAGUUCUUUUGUAGGCACAGUGUAUAUAUCAGGAACAUGGCUAUUUUCCCCUUCACAGUGGUUUUCAGCAGUUAAAAAAAUGUCCCUUAAACUCAGAAGGAAUGUAGGUGUUAAUGGUUGGGUUUAGUGGGUUUAUUUUUUUUUUUAUGUGCACAUAAAGUUUGAGUUUUAAGGAAUGUCAAAAUCAAACAUUGAUCUGCAGAUGUAAUCUUGUAUGUUUAAUAGGGCUGGGACAGAUACCAGUCAUAAUUACUUGAGCAGCCAUAAAAACUAGGAGACUGACAUAUCAUUGGAAGUUAGAUGUCCCAUUUCAUGGAGAUUCAAGCCUUGGACAAGUCCCUAAGAAGUUGUCUACUACCUUUCAGCAACUGAUUCUUAAAAAUAAGAGAUUAUUUUCUAAGUUGUUUUUACAUCUUGUUCCAAUGGAGGUCCAGUUGUGAAAUACUAUUUCCAUAGCAACUAACUGUAAGAGGAAAUGAUUUCAUUCCUUGUAGGAACUGAAAAUUAGUAGCUCAUCUUUUUGGAUGAUAGGCAAAAAAAAAAAAAAAGGUCAAUACAUUUAUGAAUAAGCUUAAGCAUGCUAAUCAGUAUGUUAAAAAGGCCAAUUGCUUGUUUAGUUGGAAACCCGUUAAAGUUGCUUUAAGGCCAUUUGAGGGCUGCCUUCCAGUAUUACAGGAUCACUGAGCCAUUUUGAUGUCCCCUACUUAAGAAUUGGUUGUAUCAUUGAAUUUUGUUGUAUGAUUCUGUAUUUCCUUGCUUUGAGGCCGUUGUUCUACCUCCCAAACUUCAGCAAAUUAAGGACAAUAAACCUUGAAGACUGAGAUUUACCAAUCUUAGAGGCAUCUGUAAGCCUUGUAACAGGGUCAGAGUGUCUACUUAUUAGUGGUAAAGGCUUCUCUGCAGUGGAAUAUGGUUGAGUUUAAGUUUCAUAAUUGACAGCCAUUCCUGCAUUGAUACACCAAAAUGUACAAAACUGUAAUUUGGGGAUUAUUUUCAGAUGUCAGUGUUUCAGUUUCCUGUUUCAGUUCUUAAGAAGAGAAUCUUAAAAUACUUGAUCAGUAUUGUACAAGUACACAGACCUAUAAAAGCUUUUGCUACUGUGCUUCAAGACUGAGACGAUGAAUCUGACCAGAAAUGGAGAGAUAAUGUCUGUGGGUUCCAUGGUGUCUAUACCUUAUCACCUGUAACAUAAAAUAAUAAUAACAUAAAAUUAUAAUAAUAACCAACAAUCUGUGGUGUUUUUGUAAUGAAAACUAAAAUCUGCAUAAUGAGACUAGAUGUAGCCUGUUUACUAUCCAUCUUCCUGUGUAUAUUGAGGGGAACCCUAACAGCUAAAUGAUAGCAAGUUCUUUCAUUUUGGAACUGUACUUCUCUGGCUGUUGAACAAUUUGAAACUUCAUCUUUGUUUCCUUGAAAAAUAAAAGCUUGUUUAAUAAACACA